CGUAUUGUGGGGCGCCUGGUGGGGGCAGGAUCUGACUGUGUUUGGGGGGUAUUUUUGUUUUCUUUUUCUUCCUCCUUCUUUCUUCUUUGCGCUCUCUUCUCCUUUUGCUUCUUUUUCUCUCCCUCUCAGAGCUUUUCCCCUCCCUUUGCUUUUGUUGUCCCUCCCCUCGCCGUGUCCCCACCUUCCCCGCUCCCUCCCCUCUCCGCUCCCCUCCCCCUGCGCUGGCAUUGCGGCGCCGCAGACGUGACCCGAGCGGACCCAACCGCGGCCUUUUCCCCGCUGCUCCAGCCUCUCGCCGCAGAAUCGCAUGUCAUCUAUCCAGAACCUCCAAUCCUUCGACCCCUUUGCUGAUGCAACUAAGGGUGACGACUUACUCCCAGCAGGGACUGAAGAUUACAUUCAUAUAAGAAUCCAGCAACGAAACGGAAGAAAGACACUAACAACUGUGCAGGGAAUUGCAGAUGAUUAUGACAAAAAGAAACUUGUGAAGGCCUUCAAAAAGAAAUUUGCUUGUAAUGGUACUGUGAUUGAACAUCCUGAAUAUGGUGAAGUUAUCCAGCUUCAAGGUGACCAGAGGAAGAACAUCUGCCAAUUCCUCUUAGAGAUUGGCAUUGUCAAGGAAGAACAACUGAAAGUUCAUGGUUUCUAAAAUACUUGUACUCAUGAAGAAUCCUGCAGUAUUUGUACUUACCUAAGCUGGCUCUUUUGUGGAAGAUGAAUCUUUGCAGUGAAUGGACUUUCCUGUUACCUGAACAUUUAAAAUUUGAUUCAAAUUUGCAUGAUUGCAUGAAACAUGUGGUAUGUAGACUAGAAACACAUAAGAAAACUGCAGUAAGGUGGUAAUGAAGACACUUGUGAACUUUAACACAUUUCCAAUGGAAAUGUUUUAGUGCUGAUUGUUCAAUUUAAUGCCCUUUGCCUGACUUGUGUGGGUUGUAUUAAAACAGUGUGUGUUGCUGCUUAAAAAUAAAAGUUUAUUCAUAUAUUUUCUGA